ACGUGGCAAUCACUUUAAAAAUAGAGCAACCACAGAGUUUGUAAUGCAACUAAAAACCAACACAGCCGUAGUCAGUAAUCAUGUGGAGGACACAUCUCCCAGUGACACCACGUGAACAUUCCUGGGCAGCAGUGAGCCUGACAUGACAUGUAUUAGUAGUGCAUAAUGCAUUUCUGCAUUAUCUGCAUUUUCUGCCAUCACUCAGAAAGGAAAUAGGGGUAGCAGCUGCUUCAUAGUAGUAAGUAAGUAAGUGUGCAUGUGUUGAGAGGCUCUCUGCAUUUAUAAUUAGAAUAUAAUGCUUAGCAAUAUUGGGAUUUAAGCAUUAGGAAAAUGAAGGGAGAAAGGUGGUCGUGAUGCUGGGAUUAGAAAUCAGCAGAUCUGGGAUUUUAGUACCUCAGCUCCCAACCUAGGUUACUGAUUAAAUGCACAAGGUUUUCCAGCACUGAAAAUGAAAAGCAUGUAAGUAAAUAGAGCCAGCUACCACAGAUCAAUAAUGCCUUAGUCUCCAACAGAUACGCUCAAGUUCUUUAACAUCUAUAACAUACACUGAGAUUCUGAUCUUAACGGCUCUGAAUGUAAAUCCAGAAGAAUUCUGCUGAGUUCAUAGUUUUGAAAAGGUUCAGUGCUGAUCAGAAACAUCCUUAAUUUUUCGUGCUUUGAUAAGGAAAAAGCACGAGAGGACAAACAGAACACAAUGCAUAUUGACAUUAGUAGUCAGCAGUCCAAAGGACUCAUUCAGCUCUGUGGUUCCAGGGCACGCCAGUGCCACCAACAGGGUUAUUCAGCCUGCGUACAGGGUAAAUGAUUUCAACUGGGCAAAGAAUUUCAGACUCAUUUGAGUACCUGCUCCGUGAAACCCUCCGCAGAGGUACAGCUUGCCUUCCACGCAGCCUGCACAGCUGGGAGAGUUCACUAGAAAGUGAACUCAAAGCAGGACACAACCCAUUACUUGCAGAAAUCCGGCACAAUCCUUUCUGAGGGCUUGUAACAAAGGAAGGACAAGAAACAUGUCUUCAAAACACAAAGGUCAUUCGUCCAGAAUGCCCGAGGAAAGUUCACCAAAGCGGAGUCCUCAAAACAUCCCAUACAAGGACCUGCCCCACAUUGUCAACGCUGAUGGGCAGCACCUCUUCUGCAGGUACUGGAAGCCAGCAGCAGCUGCCAGGGCCCUCGUGUUUAUCGCUCAUGGCGCUGGGGAACACUGCGGCCGUUAUGAUGACUUGGCCCAGAGGCUGACAGAACUUAACUUGUUUGUAUUUGCCCAUGACCAUGUUGGCCAUGGGCAGAGCGAGGGGGAUCGGAUGGUUGUCUCAGAUUUCCACAUCUUCAUCAGGGACAGCUUGCAGCACAUUGAUCUCAUGAAAAAGGAUCAUCCAGGGCUGCCCAUCCUCAUCCUGGGGCACUCCAUGGGGGGAGCCAUCUCCAUUCUGACAGCCAGCGAGAGACCCAGUGACUUUUCAGGCAUGCUGCUAAUCUCUCCUCUGGUGGUUGCUAGCCCAGAAGUUGCCACCCCCAUCAAGGUUUUUGCAGCAAAAGUACUCAACCUCGUGCUUCCAAACUUGUCGCUGGGAUCAAUAGAUCCAAAUGCAAUUUCCCGGAACAAGAAGGAGAUGGAGUCCUACACAUCCGACCCCCUGGUCUACCACGGUGGCAUGAAGGUCUCCUUUGUCAUCCAGCUGAUGAAUGCCAUUACCAGAAUCGAGCGAGCUCUGCCCAAGCUGACUUUGCCCAUCCUGGUGCUGCAUGGCUCUUCUGACAAGCUCUGUGAUAUCAAAGGCUCCUAUUUACUGAUGGACACAGUGCAGAGCCAGGACAAAACGCUGAAGGUGUAUGAGGAAGCCUACCAUGCACUGCACAAAGAGCUGCCUGAGGUCACCGCCUCCGUCUUCACAGAAAUACUGACGUGGGUUGGCCAGAAGGUUUCAGCAGCUGGAGAAACCAGCCAGACCUAAGAGCAAUCCUUUCUGCAGCUUUUACUGGGGUUUUCUGGGAAUAGAAGCUUUCUGUAAAAGAAUUCUCUCUGGAAAAGAUCUAGCGUGGAGGGACUCGUGGGAUAUUUUGCCAUGCACAGUGUAAGGGUUGGGAGGAGAGGCACAGGGUGGGUGUUACUCACUGGCAUAGAUGACUCUUGCCGUAAUCUGAGGAAGCACUGACAGCUGUGGGAGCGGCCCCCAAAGCCUUCCAGGUUGGGUAACUUUUCUGAAAUUCCCCCCACUCACGGAGCUUCCUCCAUCACUUCCUCUUCUCUGCUUUUGCGGGGGUGGCGGGGGUGUAUUUAUACUGCAAUAAUUUUUUGGUAUGUUAAAGAAGCCAGUAUCUUCCACUUUGCAGUUUCGAUUCCCCGUCCCCACCACCUGGUCCUUUCCCAGCCCUGGCAGAGGAGUGGACGAGCGUAGACUCAAGCCCACGCAGCACAUUUGCAAACCAGGCUAUUCCCAAUGCCAAACCCCAUCGCCUCUGCAAGAUAAACUAUUCUGUAAAUAGUUGUAGGGGCUGCUUUUUUCCCUUCUUUCUUUUUUUUUUUUCUCUUUUUUUUUUUUUUUCCUUUUGAAAUUAAUCAUUUGCGCUACUGAAACUGAAAAAGCAGAGUUAUAUGAGAAUAUAGUAAUAUAAUAUAUGAUGUAUAUAGAGGUGGCUGGGAGCUGGUGAAGAAAUGGGAGGAGAGGCUAAAAAAAAGGUUAAUUGUUCAUUCUCUUGGCGAGGAAUAAUGUUGUCCUAUCAGGAUCCAGCCCUUUCACCAUAACUUUACAGUCAUAACAUGUUGUUUCCCUUCAUCAGUUGGAAAAUGUCCUGAAAAAACUGCUAUAGAGAAGCACAGAGCAUCUGGUGGGUGGGGAUUAGCAGCGGGCAUCUUCAUGGUCCACUGCUCCAGCAGGAGACCCACAGCGUGACCCCAGAUUGUGGCCAAGCUCCUGCCCACCUCCUGCCUUGUACCUGCCCCUCUCCCUCCGCUUCUGCAAAUGAGGACGCAGGGCCUUUCCCAUGGGGACAAACCUCAUUAUGGGGUCUGGUGCCCCUGCCCUGGGCUGGAUCCUGCCCACCAUGGGAGUCUUACCCCUCCCUCCUGCCCUUGGAGAUCCAGGGAAGGGACUUCAGUGCAAUAGCAGGCAGAACCCAUCAACACGCCGGUUUGCAGGAUGCAUGGGUGCAGGCUGUAUCCUCACAAUCAUCCCUACGGCCCAAGUCAGGAAAGCUCUUUAUAAUUAUAGAGGUGAAUGCAGGCACUUUUCCACUUGUGUUUUCCUGCCCUUAAAGGGAGGAACCAGCUGAGUUCUCCCAGCACUGCCAACUUGUGAUUAAAACACCAUUCCUGUGCAAUCAGGUGCUCCCAUCCACCCCCGCUAAACCUGCAGUGACUCUUGCACUCUUGCUUUGCUGCAAAUUCAUUUUCCCAAACAAGGUCCCUCCGUGCCAGAUGCUGCUGGGAAAGGCACAGCAGCACCAUGGUGGGAACAAGGCUCCCCAGGAGCAGGAGCCACGUGCAGGAGUGAUGCAGCACUGACAGAUGGUGCAGGGGUCAGAGCAAGACGAUGACUCGAGGGUGGGAUUUUCGAAAGCACUUUUCCCCAGGAAGUCAGGAAGAAUGGAUCGAUGCCCCCAUUCUUUAUGUCCCGAACUGACAAGCACUUUGCCAGGGAGCAGGAGGGUCAGAGCCCACUGCCUGCCCCAGGGUCUGUGGUCAGUGCCUUGCAGAACAUGUCUCGCCCAUGACAUAUCUGCAUCUUGGAAGAAAGGAAAGGAAGGCAGUUAUGUGCAUCUGGGGAAUUCUGUCCAGCAGUACUGGAUGCCCAAGGGAAGCUGUGAUUGAAAAUCAGGUUAGCGAGCAAAUAUGUACCUGCUGCUCCCUUACCCUGCACAUAAGCUACUUUAUAUUGACCCAGUUCAGUUUCUCCAUGCCCUGGAGGAACCCUUCCUUCACUGACCAGAUUAGCAACGAGCAGAGCUGCUGCCAAGGGAAAUGUAAUUAAGCUAUUUCCCAGCAGCAGGUACCAUGUGCAGGGAGCACAGCCGGCCUUACGAAUGUUGCUGUGCAGAGACCAGUCUGCCUUGGAGAAGAGGUGGCAUCCGUGACCGAGCAAUAGCAAUGUGCAGCUGCCAUCCGUGCCACCACCUGUAGCACCGGGAGACCAUCCCCCUCUGCCCACCACACUUUCCAUUUAGCCUGUUCUUUUUGUACCACUUACCUUAGCACACUGCCAGCAUAGACCCUUGAAGAUCACACUUAUUUUUCCAAGUAAUUUGUCUCUCUCGUUUUGUUGUGUCCCAGUUCAAUAAAAUACAUUUAUAUAUAUAUAUAUACAUAUAUAAAAGCAUAUAUACAUACACUUGUAUUUUCAGUGGGAAACCAUAUACAAGUUUAGGAUUCUUAAAGGAAUACAAUGUAUAUUGCAACUAAUAAUAAAGUUAUGUUUUCUGAAUGGAGCGUGUUUGAGGGCAUCAUUUGCUAUCACCAUCCUUCUGGAGAGUGAGAAGGGAAAGGCAGAAAGACCUGAGAGAUACUGAAUCCAGGUUUGGAGCAUUUGGGUGCCCUUGCUGUUGGAAGGUGAUAGACUCAUAGAAUCAUUAAGUUCGGAAAAGACCUCUAAGAACAUCCAUUC